AGCUUCUUGGCACGCAACUUCUACAACAUGAAGUACAUCGCACUUGUGCUGGCUUUCUUCAUCAAUUGCAUUCUCCUCUUUUACAAGGUUUCAACAGGUGAGAGUAGUGACGACGACGAUGCAGCCUCUGCUGUGGCCGCUGCCGCCGAGGCGCUGAGCGACAACGAGGGUGAUAGCGAUGCCGGCGGUGGUCUGGCCGAAGUGCUGGCCAAUGCAAGCGAAGCUUUGUCCGACUCGGAAGGCCAGCGAAGAGGAAUUGGAGGAGUGGGUGAUUAUAGAAGAGAAGCUCUUCUAUCUGGAGCCAAUAAUCCGGUUCAUGGCCCUGUUUCACUCACUCGUCUCCUUCUGCAUGCUCAUCGCUUACUACCACCUCAAGGUUCCACUAGCCAUCUUUAAGCGCGAGAAAGAAGUUGCCCGUGCCAUGGAGUUUGAUGGCCUGUACAUCACCGAAGAACCUGCGGAGGACGACGUACGCGCUCGCUGGGACAAGCUCGUGAUAAGCACCAAGUCUUUUCCUGUGAACUACUGGGACAAGUUCGUCAAGAAAAGGGUGCGUCAGAAGUACUCGGAGACGUACGACCCCGAGGCCCUGAGCAAUGUGCUUGGCAUGGACAAGAGUGGAUCCAUCUCUCAGGAAAAGGACGAAGCCAGUGGCCUGUUCCCCUUCAUAACAAACGUAGACUGGAAAUACCAGAUUUGGAAGUCUGGAGUCACAAUCACUGAUAAUUCGUUCCUGUACAACCUGUGGUACUUCACAUUCUCGGUGAUGGGCAACCUGAACUACUUCUUCUUUGCGGCCCACCUGCUCGAUGUGGCUGUCGGCUUCAAGACACUGCGCACCAUCUUGCAAUCAGUCACACACAAUGGCAAGCAGCUGGUGCUGACAGUGAUGCUGCUGACCAUCAUAGUGUACAUCUACACGGUGAUAGCGUUCAGCUUCUUCCGCAAGUUCUACAUCCAGGAAGAGGACGACCAGGUUGACCACAAGUGCAACAGCAUGCUCACGUGCUUUGUGUUCCAUCUCUACAAAGGUGUCAGAGCAGGUGGCGGAAUCGGUGAUGAAAUCGAGCCUCCGGACGGUGACGAUUACGAAGUGUACCGCAUCAUCUUUGACAUCACUUUCUUCUUCUUUGUCAUUGUCAUCCUGCUGGCUAUCAUUCAGGGUCUUAUUAUUGACGCCUUCGGAGAGCUGAGAGACCAGCUGCAAAGUGUGGUUGAUGAUAUGGAGUCCAACUGCUUCAUCUGUGGCAUUGGCAAGGACUACUUUGAUCGGGUGCCCCAUGGCUUCGACACGCACGUUCAGAAGGAGCAUAACCUGGCUAACUACAUGUUCUUCUUGAUGCAUCUCAUCAACAAACCAGACACAGAGUACACAGGCCAGGAAACAUUCGUGUGGGAGCUAUAUCAGAAACGCUGCUGGGACUUCUUCCCGGUUGGUGACUGCUUCCGGAAACAGUAUGAAGACGAGCUAAUGGGCGCGGGAUAACCAUCGCCGCUUUAAGUUCAUUCAUCCAUCACCAAGCAGCACAUAUAGCGAAAAAGCUUUGAAAACAGUUGUUCAUGACAGUUCUUCCUGUAUUCGUGAUCAGAGAUGCAGGAAGUAGUGAUUCUUCAAAAUGUUUAGCAGGAACUGUAAUAUUGGAAAGUAAUCUUCAACUUGCAGGCAUUAGUCAGUGCAGAUAAUAUGAAGUUCUUUCAAAGUCGAUUGUUCAAAAUUGUAUGUCGCAGAAUAUUUUGCUUGAUUUCAAGGCACAGAUUAAAAACGAUGUUUUGAGGUGCCAAAAUUCACGCAUCUUGAAAAGUUUCUUAGUUGACUUGUGCCUGCAAAUAAUGACAUGCAUCUAUUGCAUUUAAAGAUUAUUUUCCUUAAUUUGUCGCCUUGUAUUGUAGUGCAUUUGUUGGGUGGAUACUUGCACAUACUUCAAAUUUUUUUUUUUUGCUUUAAUCAGCUCAUUUCCAAGAAUGAAAUGUACCUGGAAGUUUGCUUUCUACAAGUUAAGUUAUUUGCAAAAUCUGACAGUCUAUUACAACUGCAAUGUUUGUGAGCUUUUGACCCUCUAAUUUGCCACAGACGUUUAUUAUUCAAAGGUUACAUGGCAAAUGUCACUUUACGGAGGUUAAGUCAAAUACGUAGUGCUUCAGUUUUGUGGCAUGGGUGCUAACCAGAGAUCUCUGUUGAGAAGUGAUACUAAACACACUGACAGUGCUGUUGAAUCUUUGGGUACUGCAUAUCUGAGCUGUUGGCAGUUUGCAUAGGCGAAACCCACUGCGUAUGUUACAUGUAAAAAUGCUGAAAGAAUUUCAGUGCAAGUCUGGGCGCGUACAUCGUUAUACGAGAUAUCACAUCAACAAAAAAUGCCAAUCAUUGUGCCGAUCUAGUGUGUCAGAAAUAAGGUUGUGUCUUCCAUGUGAUCUGACAGCCAUGCUCUUCACGAGAAGUGGUAGAUUUUGCGCGGAGAGCUCCAUCGACCGCGCAGUAGCAAUCACAAUGCAAUAGGAAUGGCAUGUUGUGUUGUAGGUGGUUCUAGAUGUGUCAUGCUCGAUACAGAUGGUGUAAAGGUAUGUGUGAGGACAGUGUCUUUAAGUAGCUUUUCCAGUAGUUGCGCAUGUCUCUUUUAGAUAUACAAGCUUCACUGGCCUGUUUACAAACAGCAGUACUCAGCUUCUCAACUGCUUUUACCUUUGUUGAACAGUGCCUAGUUGAUCAGCAAGUGCAUACUUACAUGUUCCAAGCUCGGUUGUGUGCUUAGAUGUCGUCGUCAUAGAGCCUCAUGCCUUUUCAUUCUACAUGAUGACAUAGCUUUCUUCUUUUGAUGCUGUUUUCUACGUUGCCUCCAUUACCUCGACGACAUUGUAGGAAAGCAAUGGAAGGAGAGACUGGAUGUGUUGACAUGGACAAAGGAUAUCAUGGUGUUGUGUGAAACUUAAUACACAUAAACCUGUCUUUCGCAUAAACCUUUGUUUAAUAUGUGGCAAGGAAAUACUCCAAAGUCUCCAUGACUCUGUAUAAUCUCUUGCUCUUUACCUGUAUAGAAGAGAGCCUAAUAAAGGUACAUAGAGGAUCCAUUGAAUGCUUGCAUUAGAUAAAGCUAACGAAGAUGUUAAGGAGCGGUACUACUUUCGCAUUUUUUGUUUCUGCAUGCUACGCAGUGUCCCAGGUAUAUUACUCUUUCCCCAGCAAUAGCUGCAUAUGUUCUUUAACUAAUGGACCUUAACUGAGUCUUACCAGAGCCAUACAUGCAAAGGGAAAGUGAAGUGUAAAUACGGAGAGGGACUUUCCCUUUGAUUUAUUUUUCUCUUGCACAGAGAGCUUGUUGCUGCAGCUCUUGUAUGAUGUGACAGAGUGAAAGUCGAUGCCUUUGUUAUGACUUGCAUGCUGAAAGAGACUAUGUGAAUAGCUUAACUGCAAUUUUGGUGUAUGGUUUUGAGUUUUCCCAUUUGAGCCUGUGCAAGUAAUAUUUCAGUGUAGUCAUCUUUCUUACACAAUUUUUGCCUUAGCAAAUAUAUGUUUGUCCUCGCAGUUGUAUGUUAAACUCUUCAAGAUUACUUGAAGAUGAUGUUCAUUGUUUGCUGCUCUUCUUGCCAAACAGUUCUGUUUGUUAAUCCUGUACGCUGUUGCUGUCUGAAUAUUCUGUUGCCUAAGGGGACACCGAUCCUUGCUUGUUAAACCUUGCCUGGAUGCAGGCCGCAGUUUUCAAUAAAGAGUAAAACCAUAAAAAA